UGAAGAGAAAGAGGAAGAGAAUAAUAAACAAGUGAACAAUAAAAAUCAAGGAAGAGAAUUGUUGAGACGUGCAAGUUUAUUACAUGAUGAAUUUUAUGUCGUGAAUAAAGCUGAAAAUUAA